UCUCUCUCCUCUAAUCUUCCUCUCUUAAAUCAAACUAAAAUUCGCGAUUCUCAUUUCUCAAAACACAGAACCAUGGAUUAUUUGGGUAUUUGAUUCUGAUCCAUAAAGUUUGAUUCUUUGUCUCGAUUAUUAUCAUUUUUUUUAUUAUUGAAAACCAAAAAAAAAAAACUUGUUUUUAACGAACGAUGGCGAUGGGUUCGAAGAGGAAGACACCACCUGGGAUUCUACUCCUGAGGAGAGUCAGAGGAAGAAACUGGAGCCCAAAGACGUUUCGUUACGCAAUUCUAUUGAUAACUUUCAUCGCCUACGCAUGUUACCACGCUUCUCGCAAACCCAGCAGCAUAGUCAAAAGCGUUUUACACCCCGAGUCCAGCACUAAGCCACCUCAAAUCAACGAGCAUCCUUGGCCUUUGGGAAACGUGUUCGUGAAGGAAGAUACAGAUGAGAACCAUGUUCCUAAAGGAUGGGAACCGUUUAAUGGCAAAGGUGGCACGUCGAGGUUGGGAGAGAUAGACGUGGCGUUUCUCGCUUGUUACUCUUUGGGGAUGUACGUUGCUGGACAUUUGGGUGAUAGUUUGGAUCUGAGGUUGUUUCUGACUUGGGGAAUGAUUGGGAGUGGGUUCUUUGUGGGGCUGUUUGGGAUGGGUUACUUCUGGAACAUUCACGCGUUUUGGUUUUUCUUGGUGAUGCAAAUGGCGGCUGGGUUGUUUCAGGCCACGGGUUGGCCUUCUGUUGUGGCUGUUGUCGGGAACUGGUUUGGGAAGAGGAAGAGAGGGCUUAUAAUGGGGAUUUGGAAUGCUCAUACUUCUGUUGGGAACAUUUGUGGUUCCUUGAUAGCUGCUGGUGUUCUUCAGUACGGUUGGGGUUGGUCUUUUAUAGCUCCUGGUUUUGUUAUGUCUUUAGGAGGUGUUAUUGUUUACUUGUUCUUGGCUGCGUACCCUGAGGAUGUUGGGUUUCCUGAUAUCAAUUCUAAUUCCGGUAAGUUCAUUAAGAGGCACCGAGAUAUCGAAGAAGAAGAGGUGGAAGAAGUAGAUGUUGAAGAGGAAGGGGAGAGUUCAGAGUCAGGACAAGGGUAUGAGAAUAAAAGAAGUGUUGGUCUUUUGCAAGCUUGUAUGAUUCCUGGUGUGAUACCAUUUGCUCUCUGUCUAUUCUUCUCGAAGCUGGUCGCGUACACGUUCUUGUACUGGUUACCUUUUUAUCUGAGCCAAACAACUAUUGGUGGAGAGUAUAUGUCUGUGAAGACAGCAGGAAACCUCUCGACGCUUUUCGACGUUGGAGGCAUCGUAGGAGGGAUUCUCGCUGGUUACAUUUCAGACAAGUUUAAAGCAAGAGCUACUACCGCAGCAACGUUCAUGUACGCUGCGAUUCCGGCAAUGCUUGUGUACCAUUCCUAUGGAGGCGUCUCUCAGACGGUCAACGUAAUCCUCAUGAUGGUUGCUGGUUUGUUUGUGAAUGGACCUUAUGCACUCAUUACAACCGCAGUCUCUGCUGAUCUCGGAACGCACAAGUCAUUACAAGGAGAUUCCAGGGCGCUUGCUACUGUGACUGCUAUCAUUGAUGGGACUGGAUCUGCUGGUGCGGCGUUGGGUCCUCUUCUGACAGGGUUUCUUUCGACCUUGGGUUGGGAAGCUGUGUUUUAUAUGCUGGUCGCUGGGGCUCUUUGUGCUGGGUUGCUUUUGACCCGUUUGGUUAUUGCUGAGAUUAGAGAGAAACUUGGAUAUGUUGAUGAAGGUAAAUGGCACCAAAUCUUUUAUUGUGUUUUUGCAGAAACGUUGAUCUGACUAGUUUUAUCUUCGUUUUUUUUAUUUGCAGUUCCUGGGUGUGAACCACUCUUAGACGACAGAAGGUGAUGGAGAAGAGAGCAGCUGGUGUGAACAGAAGCCAUUGUUUGCGCAAAGAGUUUUGUUCUGUUAUGUAAUAAUUAAAGGUUUGCAGAGAAACUUUUGUAUUCUGUGUUUUGUCUGAUAUAUUUUUUUAUCUAAUAACAAAUGAAAGAAUUGGUUUACAUAUUUUUUUCUCUGUUGGAAGCUUUUUUGUUCAC